GACUCCACGGCCGAGCUGACAACGGCGGUCGACACGCUGUUGAACCAGCUGGCCACCAAGUUCUCCACCGUCUCCAGCGAACUGUUCUCCAAGAUGGACGACAUGUCGAAGCGACUGGACAGCCUCGAGGCGACGAUACAAGCGCAGCAACGAGUGGGCGACGGGAGCGACCGGGCGAGUAAAUGA